CUUGGCUGCUCUAUUACACAAGUAAGAUAGGCCAGCCCCACCUAGUUUUGUUAUUCUGGCACCCUCCUGCUUAGUGGGACAUCAAUACGCUUAACCCAUCUGCUUUCCGCAGACUCAUUCCAGCCAGGACAGCUGUGAUAUUUCAGUUCCUGUUUGUAAACACCUCCUAGACCUGAAGAUUCUCCUUAUUAACACCAGUACCAAAGAAGAGCACAAUGUUGACUUCAGCCAAAAUUCUGUUGAUUUCAAUUAUGUUUAGUUUAGUACUAUUUGGAAACCAUGGAGAAGGUCAAGAAAUAAACACAACACAAAGCACUGCAGAAGACUUAAAAACAAGGGGAAAUCAAUCUGUUCCUUUGGAAAGUAAAGCAAAUUCAACCUCAGAUAAAGAAAACAGAGAAACCUCCCAUUCCAAGGCAAGUAAUUUCUCUCUUGAGGAUUUAUCAAAUAAAACCCAUGACACAGAUUUCAACCAUAAUUUGUCAACAGAUAACUCUUCCAGGAGUCCAAGACUCAUACCCACACUUUCCCCAAGCCCUCCCGUGAUCCACAGCUUUGUUUCUAAAUUGUCUUGGAACUCAUCCAUAGCAGGUGAAAAUCCUCUGCCAGUCUCAGCACCUCCCAAUGCUACAGCUACUGUAUCUUCUGAAAACUUCACUCAGUCUUUGGGCAAUGAUACCAUGAAAACAGUUCCUGACAACAGUUCCAUUACAGUUAGCAACCUCCCUUCAGGACCAAACACCGUAUCUGUGACCCCCAUGAUAAUGGAAACAGAUGGAUGGCUUACCACGACCAGAGACAGCUUGGAAGGGUUUACUGCCUAUCAAGAAACAACUUUACAACCCACCUUGAAAUUCACCAAUAAUUCAAAAAUCUUUCCAAAUACAUCAGACCCCCAAGAAGAGAGCAGAAAUACAGGAGUAGUAUUCGGGGCCAUUUUAGGAGCUAUUCUGGGUGCUUCAUUGCUCAGUCUUGUUGCCUACUUGCUGUGUGGAAAAAGGAAAACAGACUCAUUUUCCCAUCGGCGACUUUAUGAUGACAGAAAUGAACCAGUUCUGCGAUUAGAUAAUGCACCAGAACCUUAUGAUGUGAGUUUUGGAAAUUCUAGUUAUUACAACCCAACUGUGAAUGAUUCAUCUACGCCAGCUGGCCGAGAAAACGCAUGUGAUGGCAUUCCAAUGGAUGACAUACCUCCACUUCGUACCUCAGUAUAAAACUAAGGGGAAAAAGGCUUCAGAUGGCAAAUGCUCACUACAUCCUGCCCUUUCAAAUCCAUCAUCCAAAAGCUGAAGCAAGAUAAUUCUCAUGUGGCCUGUGCCAAGGAGAACUGUAAAAGCAUGAGACUAGUAGCAGAAACAUAGAGGGUAAUCAUCCAAAAGGUUUCCUUUCUUCCAUGUUUGGCUGUGCUGAAUCAUAUAUUGAGUAACCUCAGUUUGUAUUUUGGUCUAUUUUUUUCUUAGUAGGAAAUGUUUAUGGAAUCAGGUAAAAUUGAAAGAUUUCACCGUGAUUGCCCUGCCUGAUAAUUUAAUUUAAAAAAUCCUUCAAUGAAAAUAUAUAUCCCAAGUUAUAUUUUUACUUUUUCUGGGGGUUUGGGGGGAUGGACAAAAAUCAAUGAAUUGACUCUUUACUACUCCCCACAUAGUCCUAAUACCAUAUAAAGAUUGGCAUUUUCCUGAAGGAAAAUUGUAAGGGUGAUUUUAUUUUUUUUAAAUUUUGACUUGAAGCCAGAAAGAGAGUAUGGCACAGAGUUUCUGUUCCUGGGAAAUUAAAGUAAUGGGAGUGAGAGGUUUAUAUUCUAGUACAUUUUACUUUUCUGUAUCAGCAGGUACAUAGCCAUCCCCUUGAGUUGCCAAGUUGACAAUGACUUUGUAUUGUCUAUGGUAGGAAACCUGACCCUGGACAGGAAAGUAAUCAUUUCUCUUCAAAGCAUGGGAAAUUCCAAUCUGUGAUUUACUUUAGGCAUCAAUUAACUGGGUUCUUUAAAAACUCAAUGAGAAACUUGGUGAAAGUAGUACAGACAUAUAUAUACUACCAACUGUAAAAUAGUCAGUGGGAAGUUGUUGUAUAACAAAGGGAGUCCAACUCGAGGAUGGAAGAUGCCUUAGAGGACU